UUUUUUUUCUCAAUGAUAAGGAUCGUGUUUUGAUAUGUCAGCAUUGAAAAAAAAUAAAUAAACAUCUUUUUUUUUUCCAAACAUUUGUUCUUUUUCCUCAUUUAACUUAAAAUGCCUGUUGAAGAAUUAAUCAAUCAAUCUCAUUGGAAACCAGAUCAUGUAAUUGAACAUGUUUCAGUCUCUUUACAUCAACAUAAAUAUAAAUUAAAGCAUCCAAUCAAACGAGUUGCAGUUAUUGGUGCUGGUCCAGCAGGUUUACCUACGGCCAAGUUAUUGAAGGAAGAAGGAUUGGAUGUAGUGAUCUAUGAAAGAAGUCCAGCAGCUGGAGGGACUUGGAUUUACAAUCCAGAGCCACCAUUGGGUCCAACAUUUCCUUCCACGAUUCCUAGUCAAUCAGUUCAACCUAGUCUUCCUCCUUCCAACACUUCAUUACCUUUUGAAAAAAUAGAAGAUUAUAAUCAACAAGCUCAUGAUUCUCUUUUACGUCAUGCUCCUCCCACACCUUGUUAUCAAUCUUUAAGAAAUAAUGUGGCAACUCCUUUGAUCAAAUAUAAGGAUUUAGAUUGGCCCAAUGAAAUGCCAUGGUUCACGACACACGAUAAAAUAUUGGAUUAUCUUCAAGCUUAUUCAAAAAAGUUUGAUUUGGAUGCACUUACAGAAUUUGAUACAUCUUUGGAAAAACUCACAGAACUACCUGAUCAAUGUGGAUGGAAAGUCUUGACAAAAAAAUCAGUCUUGACCACUGUCCAUGGUCACAAACGUCAAGUAGUUAAAACAUCAUGGAAAGAAGAGGUCUUUGAUAGUGUUGUAUUAGCUACUGGUCAUUAUCAUGCUCCUUUUGUACCUGACAUUCCUGGUCUAGUGGAAUGGAAGAAACGAUAUCCUGAAGCUAUUAUUCAUUCAAAACAAUACCGUACUCCCAAAGAAUAUGAAGGAAAAACUAUUUUACUUAUUGGUGAUGGUACUUCUGCUCUUGAUAUAUCUCGGGAUGUGGGUGAUGUAGCCAAGAUCAUUUAUCAAUCAGUACGUGAAUCUAACCAUGGAUUUGAUGAAAAAUACCGUGCAUUUCGUGAAGAAGUCAAGACAUGGUUACCACCUAAUGUCAAACGAGUACCUUCUAUCAACAAUAUCAUUUUUAAUCAUCAUGCCAACGAUUGUAUUUUUGAAUUCUUGGAUGGAACAACAGUGACAGAUGUGGAUGUGAUUAUCGUAUGUACAGGAUAUCUGUUCAACUAUCACUUUUUACAAGAACUUCAUGAUGAUCCAUACGCCAACAGCAAGAACAACAAAAGACCGACGGAGGAUCGUGUAUUAGUGAAACAAGAUGGAUCACAACUCUUUAAUCUCCACAAAGAUAUUUUUUACAUUCCUAAUCCGACACUCAGCUUUAUCGGCGUACCUUUCCAUAUCGCGACGUUCUCCUUCUUCGAAUUCCAAGCUUAUGCCGUGGCAAGAGUGUAUAGUCAAUCUGCUUUUUUACCUUCCACUGAACGAAUGCGGCAAGAAUGGACCGACCGACUGAAACAAAAAGGCGCUGGACGCGAAUUCCAUGCUUUGGGUGCUGAUCUCGAACAAGCUUAUAUCAAGGACAUUGUCGAUUGGCUCAAUACCGAUGGUUCUGGUUUGGGAAAACCCUUAUUGGAAGGUCAUUCUCAACAGUGGUUUGAUGUCAAGGAAAAGGCCUUUGAUGCUUUACGAUUGGAAUUUAAACAACGGUUACAAUUAGAUCCCAAUUGAAUGCCCCUAUUGAAUGAAGUACAUGUACA